CCUCGGCAGCAGUGCGGUGACACCUCGACUCCUCCCCGUGUGCUAGGAGUUUUUAUCUUGGCGUUUCCCCCCUCCGGGGGUUGUCAGUCCGCUCGUCAGGGAACGAAGAGGGAUGACCUGACCGGUGCCCUUGCCCAAAAGCAAAACACUGUCACGGAAUUAGUGUCUGUCAACGGAAUUCGGCUGUGUUAUUCAGCGGUUUGCACUAACCGAGUCUAGCUAAAUAUUAGCUGACUUCGGCAAUGGCUCGAAAUAGCAUCGCUAGAGUGUGUGCACGGAGCUAGACGAAGUUGUCAGACUGCGCGCCUCUUCCCUCCCGGUGCGUCAUGACCAUGGCUACGAGAACCGGGCACUCUGAGGAGGCUUUUUUCCCACACCCCAACAUGGGAAGUUUUUGGAUGCGCAUCAGAGGAGCUGGAAUGCAACAUUUUCAAAUCUUUGGAGACAAUAGGCACGGUUAAUUAGAAAAAAAUGUACUGUUGGUAUCCAUGGAGAGAUGGCAUGCGCGCUCGUCUUCAAUCGCCGGCUUACAAAAACAUCCGUAUGCUUGUUGUCCCUGCUCCUUUCCUACGUGGGUUACUGCGCCUUAUUCCACGCAGACCCCCUCAUGCCGCCCGUCUCGGGGGAUCCGGCACCGAGCUGCAAUCGGAGGCUACCAGCCGAUGGAAGCUGCGCGUCUCCACCCCCGUCUGCCGUGGAGGCAUCCAGGGUGAAGGCAGCCGGGGGGCCGCCCUCAAUUGCGCUUCACGCCAGGAGCGACACGCCCAGCCCGCCUAUGGGCCACCCAAAGUUCGGCAAUAAAAAGUUGCCCAAUGCCAUCAUAGUUGGCGUGAAAAAAGGAGGAACAAGGGCAGUUCUGGAGUUUAUACGGAUCCACCCGGACGUGAGAGCUGCGGGGACUGAGACGCACUUCUUUGACAGGCAUUAUGACAGAGGGUUCGAGUGGUACAGAGCUUCAAUGCCAAGGACUCUUGAAGGGCAGCUCACCAUGGAGAAAACGCCGAGCUACUUUGUGACGAAAGAGACGCCGCACAGAAUCGCCGCGAUGUCCCGAGACACCAAACUCAUCGUGGUGGUUCGCGACCCUGUCACCCGAGCCAUCUCGGAUUACACCCAGACUUUGUCCAAAACACCUGACUUGCCGAGCUUCCAGGAACUGGCCUUCCGGAACCAGACUUUGGGCUUGGUGGACGCGUCUUGGAACGCCAUUCGCAUCGGGCUGUACGCCCUCCACCUGGAGAACUGGCUGCGCUACUUCCCUCUAGCUCAGAUCCACUUUGUCAGCGGCGAGCGGCUCAUCACCGACCCGGCGGGCGAGCUGGCUCGGGUGCAGGACUUCCUGGGGCUCAAGCGCAUCGUCACGGACAAGCACUUCUACUUCAACCGCACCAAAGGCUUCCCGUGCCUCAAGAAACCGGAGAGCAGCGGCUCGCCUCGCUGCCUGGGCAAGUCCAAGGGCAGGACCCACGUCCAGAUCGACCGAGACGCCAUCGAACAGCUCCGGGACUUCUACAGACCCUUCAACGUCAAGUUCUACGAGAUGGUGGGUCAUGAUUUUAAGUGGGAGUAGAUAUGGAAAAUCAUUCUUCUGAAACCUGGCAAUCAUGAAAUUAAAUUGUAACCUCCAAAAUGUGGUCAGUAUUCUUCUACGCUCACAUUUGGUGUCAUUUCAGCAUUUGCAACAAGUUCAUCAGCUGGUGUCAAAAUGGCCGCCAAGUACAAGUUACCGAGGAAACUUUUGGUUUCACUAUGCUUGUAUAAAAAAGAAAAAGAUGCACAACUUACCUUUCUGGGGUGAAAGAUUCCAAGCUUGGCUCAGGCAGCAGAUUCCAAGUCAUCCAAAAUUGGUAAAAGUUUUCCCCAAGAGUAAUCCACACAAGAGUCUCUUAGGGUCAUCUUGAAACAUUGUCCUUUCUUUCGUGCCUCAAAGGUGUCACCUGUAUUUCCUUCCCCACUUCCUGUUGCUUUCUUCUUUCCUGUCUUCUACUUCCCUUUAAAUGAACAAAUAAAGAAAAAAAGAAUGCGCC